GACCAUGGAGAAUGCCGACGGUGCUGGCCGGAGCGGGGCCGAGGCGUCUCCCCUGACCGAGGGGCCAGCACAGAGCAUCCCUCCGCAGGUGCCCCAGGAGGAGCAGGGCCGGCUUCUCUAUCAUGAGGAAACCAUUGAUCUUGGCGGAGACGAGUUUGGGUCUGAGGAGAAUGAGACCAUAUCAGAAGAUUCUAACAAUUUUGUAGACAAGCUUAAUGAGCACAUGAUGGAGAGCGUCCUCAUUUCUGACUCUCCCAACAAUAGCGAGGAUGAUGCUGGUGACCUUGGCUGUUUGCAGGAGGUCGUGGAGCCUUCGGGAGGCAAUGCUGAUCCCCGACUGGAGACUCUUGUGGGUAAGGCAGCGAGUGACACUCUGAGCAAUAACAGUGACAGUGAAGGAGAGGACAUGCCUGGGGGCCUCUCCAAGGCAAACCCGGACAGAAGGGUGCCAUUGAAGGAAGACCCAGAGCAAGAAGUCAGGGGUGUGCCAUCCUCCAGGGCUGAAGGCACGCCGGGCCCGGGGUCAGGCCUACCGGCCCAGGGGCCGCCUCCCAGGGACGAGCCUGUCCCUGUGUGCACCAUCUUCAGCCAGCCCCAGCCAGCCCCGUUUCUGCGCGACGGCUUCGAGUCACAGAUGGUGAAAUCGCCUAGUUUCAGCGGCGCCAGUGAGGCUGCAGCCAAGACCCCUCCCCAGGUGGUCCAGCCCAGCCCCAGCCUGAGUAAGUUUUUUGGAGACACGACCAGCACAAAUUCCCUGGCGUCAGACUUCUUUGAUUCCUUCACGACUUCCACCUUCAUUUCUGUCAGUAAUCCUAAUGCAGGCCCUCCAGUUCCAGAAGAAUCAUCCUCACUCACGACUCCGGUGCGGGGAAAAAACCCGGGCUCUGCCGAUGCUUCCUACUCCCCAGGGGCUGAAGGGUCAGAGUCCAGGGGGUCCGUGGCUUCUCUCGAAGUCCCUCCGUCUCCAAAGCCGUUCCCCCAGAUCCAGGCUGUGUCCGCAGGGAGCGAGGACCCCUUCGCCACGGCCCUGAGCAUGAGUGACAGGGACCGGAGGGGCGAUGCGUGGCUCCCCGGGGAGGGCACCAGGGAGGUCCUGGUCGCAGUCGCCACCCAGCAGCACAACACGGUGUUCGUAGACAAGGAGAGCCUCACCAUGCCAGGCCUCAAGUUCGACAACAUCCAGGGAGAUGCAGUUAAAGACUUAAUGCUCCGCUUCCUGGGUGAGAAGGCAGCAGCCAAGAGGCAGGUCCUGACCGCCAGCUCCGUGGAGCAGUCCUUUGUCGGCCUGAAGCAGCUGAUCAGCUGCAAGAACUGGAGGGCGGCGGUGGACCUGUGCGGGCGCCUCCUCACGGCCCACGGCCAGGGCUACGGCAAGAGCGGGCUGCCGACCAGCCACACCGCGGACUCCCUGCAGCUCUGGUUUGUGAGGCUGGCGCUGCUGGUGAAGCUAGGCCUUUUCCAGAAUGCCGAGACGGAGUUUGAGCCCUUUGGGAACCUGGACCAGCCAGACCUGUAUUACGAAUACUACCCGCAGACAUACCCUGGGCGUAGGGGCUCCAUGGUCCCCUUUUCAAUGCGGAUCCUACACGCGGAGCUUCAGCAGUACCUGGGGAGCCCUCAGGAGUCCCUGGAUAGGCUGCAUGGAGUGAAGGCCGUCUGCAGCAAGAUCCUCACAAAUUUGGAGCAAGGCUUAGCUGAAGACGGGAGUGUGAGCAGCAUCUCGCGGGAGAGCAGACAAGCCUCCGUGCGGCUCUGGAGGUCCCGACUGGGCCGGGCGAUGUGCUCCGUGGCGAACUGCCUGCUCCUGAUGAAGGACUACGUGCUGGCUGUGGGCGCCUAUCACUCCGUGAUCCAGUACCACCCCGAGCAGGAGCCACAGCUGCUGAGUGGCAUCGGCCGGAUCUUCCUCCAGAUUGGAGACAUAAAAACAGCUGAGAAGUAUUUUCAAGAUGUGGAGAAAGUAACACAGAAAUUGGAUGGACUGCAGGGGAAAAUCAUGGUUUUAAUGAACAGAGCUUUCCUUCAUCUUGGUCAGAAUAACUUCGCAGAAGCCCACAGAUUCUUCACAGAAAUCUUAAGGAUUGAGCCGACAAAUGCAGUGGCCAACAACAAUUCGGCGGUGUGUCUGCUCUACCUGGGCAAACUCAAGGACUCCCUCCAGCAGCUGGAGGCCAUGGUCCAGCAGGACCCCAGGCAGCCCCUGCACGAAAGCGUGCUCUUCAACCUGACCACCAUGUACGAGCUGGAGUCCUCCCGCAGCGCGCAGAAAAAGCAGUCCCUGCUCGAGGCGGUCGCCGUCAAGGAAGGGGACAGCUUCAACACACAGUGCCUCAAGCUGGCCUAGGUCGCUCGCGUUCUGGGACCACCAGGGUCUUUGUCAGUGGUGCCUGUUGGAGCUCACAGGUCAGUGUGGCUGAAGGCUUCCCUAAACCCUUUUCACCGGUGUCUGGGAUCGGGCCAUCCGUAUCGGGGGCCACGGCCAAGGCUGUGGCAGCUCGUUGAACUCCGGGCAGCUCACUCCCCCGCAGCUCUGCCUCCGCCUGUGAACACGGGAAACGCACCACAAGAAGGGCUCGGCAGAGAAAAUCUGUAGGACACAAAGGAGCCCUUUUGUUCAUUCCUGGAAGCUGACCUGCUUCAUAUAUUACCCUGAAUAUCCUCAGAGAAAAGCUGAAAAAUGUAUAUAAACCAUUCUCAGUCUAGGCCUGAAUGUUCUAGAGGCUUUAUAAAUAAUGGAAGAGAAGUACAACACAGACUGCCAUUCAUCUUCCUCUCAUGUUCCCAUCACAAACCCUAAAAGUAAGUGCAUCAGUUUUGCUCAUCUAGCUCUUUGUCGGCCUAUGCCGCACACCUUGGACAAGGCAGGUGCUGGGCGGGAGGUCGCCCCAUCUCCCCUGGGAGCGGAACAGAGGGCCUCCUGGUACAGGAAGGCAAGGCAGAUCCCUCAGAGCGGACAAGCAGGCGGACAAGACCGGCUCGAGCCAAAUGCGUGUGUGUUUAUGUUCUUCCCUGCCUCCACAUCAGGGCAUCUGCCCCAAUGUUUACACAGUGCAGGGGAGGAAAUGUUUUCCUCUAAAUUUCUAGGUUCUUUGACUGGUCUACUAAUCAAUUGACAUAAUACAGAUUAAUAGAAGAAAAACAAAUUAAUUGCAUACAUACAGGGCCCCAGGAAAACAAGGCGGCAAAUAGAGGUCUGUCUGCCAUCCUGAGCUAAGGCAUCGGGUCGGGAGCCUAUGGCUUUAAAGGGGAGGACUCGCAACAGUAAGAAGAGCAGUUGCUCAGUAAUUAGAUGUUUGCUCUUCCACAGAAAUGGGUCAUCAGAUAAAAGUCACCUCUAGUAAUAGCUCAUUCUCUUAACCAGCCCUCUGAGUAGAUCUCUAGGUAGUUCAGAGAGGGAAAGGUCUUUCUCAAAUCUGCCUGCACCCAGUACAUGGAUCAGUGCGAGCUGAAGGCACGGUGGCAUGUUUCGGGGUCACGUACUCUCCUCUCAGCCCCACCUCUGAAACUCCCUACUAAGUCUCAGUCCAGAAGCAGUUCAGCUAAACAGUGUCUCAUUUCAGGAGGUGGGGGUGCAGGCAGGCUCCCAAAGUCAGCAAUCAGGUAAGAGGUAGUUCUGUGGAAACAAAAGAAAGGUUAAAGACGGGAUCAGGUUGUGAUACCAGGUUGACUUCUGGAGGCAGCCUGUCAUGGGGAGUUCUUGAUGUCCGGCUUGCAGCAUCUUCAGCUGGGUGAGCGCGGCAGUGGCAUGCAGACAGAGCACCCUGGUUUGCAGCACGAAGAACGUCCCUGGUGAGCUGUCCAAGCCCACAUGGUAGUGGGCUUGAAGACGCCCCACCUGCACUGUUGUCAUCUCUCCGGGGGUGAUACCCAGUCACCCAGCUUUGGCAUGCAUGGCCUCAGAGGACAGGCAGCUUUGAUCCUCAGUGAUACCAAGCGGAGAGCAGGAGAAAACCAGGACUGUCAUUUGGGAGAGUUGUGGCCUAAAUGAGAGGAAACUAGAAGAACCCAGGGUCUAAGCUAGGAAGACCAGGUAGGAAACAAAGGCAGAGACAGCACUGGGCUCCGAUGUGCGUGGAGGGGCUCCCUGAAACAGCUCUUCUCCCUCCGGUCACCUCCGUUCUCACCAGGGAUGGCCACGGCAAGGCCGGCUCGUCUGCAGACCAAGUCCGGUCUCAGUGGACAUCGGCUGACUGUUCACGUAAGUGCAGCAUAGUGGCUGACCCUAAAGGCUCUUGUUAGGUCUGCUUUUCUAGACCUUUCUGUAAGAAUCUCAGAUUGAACUUUUUAAAAGUCUCUCAGGGAUAAGUCACACCAAGGACUCGCCAUCAGACUUUGCCUUCAAUACCUGUAGAUUUGGGUGAAUUCUUUUUUCUCCAGGUCCCCAUAAUAUUCUGAGGUUCUUAAGCCUGCCAGGAAGUGACCUCCUUACCCAUCUGGUGAGGCUGCCAGGGACCCUGUGAGCAAGGUGCCAGGCUGAUUUUUCCAGGACUUCACUGGCUUACAGUCACCCUUAGUUCCUCAGAGCUGUCUGGUCAUCUGAGCAUAGGCAGCCCUCCCUCUAAGAGGACAUUCCAGUCAAAGCCUUGGAUAUAAGCUAUGUUUCCAGUCGUGACCCCUUACAAGGAGAGUGGAUUCUUAUUAAACUUACACAAGUGAUUAUACUGCAUGGAAAUAAUACACUAAGUUUCCAGAUUCUGGAGGGAUCAGGAAGGGAGAAAAAGUAAUUGUUUCAUCUUUGUUCACAAAGCUGUAUGUUACCAAACAGUUGACAGCCUAAAGAGAAAAGGCUUCCUUAAAUCUGGAAAAACAAAACAUGAGAGAACCACUAGUGUUUCCAACCAAAGUCAUAAAAACUGAUGGUUGUCCUCAGCUCAUUCAGUUUUGUGUAGUCAGUGCUUGUCCUGCCUGGAUCCAGCUGUCUCUGGUUCUGAAAAUUCCUGCCCAGCUCAUCUGUGUCAUUGUAAAGUCAUUGGACACCUGCUCUUGUCAGUCUUCCCUUGAAUCUCCUUGAAGGUGAGGCACCUUCACAAAGUAUCAGAGUAACUGAAUGAUGGGGGCUGAGAAUGCCCAUUGCUCAAGAUCUGUGAGUUCACUGUAAUGGAAUGAAAGCAAUGUGUGUACUUCUGUGAUACCUAAUAUCAGGGUAACAGCUGGAGUUAGGACUGGUACUGUUAUACCGGGACACAGAUCCAGGACUCUCAAACAGUUGGUAGAACCACUUCCAUUAGUAAUAUUUACCCACACAAUUGUUGAUCUGUAAGCUCCUCAGGAGCUUCCAGGUGUGAUUUGGAACCUACCCCCAUAGGCAGAGGUCAGGGAGAGACAGAGAGAGAGGCAGGCCACUCCAGAUGGGUAGGUGACAGGUUUAAUAAGCAAGAGACCUUACAUGUGAGGCUGGUCUUGGGUGGCUGCAAGAUGAGAUCUCUGUACCCACCCAUGAGAUCUUAGAAGGCUUUACAGAAGUCUUAACUGGGUUCAGUCACAUGUGCCAUCCAGGUAGUCUCAGCACCACAUCUCUGUCUCAAGGCUGCGUCCUUGGGGAUAGGGAAGGCAGGCAGAACCCACACUGUAAGGACGGGAAGGGGGUGAGGAGCCUCAGAUACCUGUCUCCAGCUCAGGGCGGCAGCAGUCACGUGGCCUUGAUGACUCUCCUCUGUAACAGCAGGCCAGGAAGGCUUAUGGCCACGCCACAGUACUUCCCAUUAGCAUUCCCAGUAAGCCUGAGCAGUGUAACAGCUCUCCUUUUAUAAGGAGAGAGAGCAAAUCUUAGAGAUGUUCAGGGCCCUCUGGAAAUGCCCAAAAUUAGUUUGAGGUCAAUUCAGAAUUUGAUUGUGGGGAAUUUGCCAAAAAUACCCAAAGGUUUGGACACUAAGUAGAAUCACAUUAUUAUGAGACACAGCUAACCAAAGUAACGAAAAAUUUUAAGGGCAAAUACAAAAGGUUGCAUGGCUGUGAGCAAAACCAGUCAAAGACCUAAUAAAACAGAAUUUUUGUUUUCCAGGCAGAUUAAAGGGUCAAGAAACUUAACACAAUUUGUUAUCAAAAGAAGAAAGUCUAAGACAACUUUGUCCUUGUAAGAGAAAAAGCCAAUUCUAAUUUUGUACGAGCUUCCUUCUAAUAUUAAAUUCACUUAAGUUUAUUCUAAUAUUAUCCAGUUUGAUCACACAUUAAAAUUUCUAAAGAUGCCUUUUCCA